GCCGCAUUCCUCCCCAUCGCGCUGUCCGGAGCAAACUGCAGACAUGUCUGACUUCACAGAGGACCAAAUCAUUGAGUUUAAGGAGGCAUUCCUGUUGUUCGACCGGACAGGUGAUGGAAAGAUCAGUUACAGUCAGUGUGGGGAUGUCAUGAGGGCUUUGGGACAGAACCCAGUCAAUGCUGAGGUCCUCAAAGUUCUGGGCAACCCCAAGUCUGACGAGAUGAAUAUGAAGAUGCUGGACUUUGAGCAGUUCCUGCCCAUGCUCCAGGCCAUAGCGAAGAACAAAGACCAGGGCUCGUUUGAGGACUUUGUGGAGGGACUGCGGGUUUUUGACAAAGAGGGAAACGGCACCGUGAUGGGAGCAGAACUUCGCCAUGUCCUCACUACGCUGGGUGAGAAGAUGACGGAGGAGGAAGUGGAGACGCUUCUUGCCGGACAUGAAGAUGCCAACGGCUGCAUCAACUAUGAAGCUUUUGUUCGUCACAUCAUGGCAGGCUGAAGGAGGAGCUGGUCAGAAUGGUCAUGAGUGGAUGAAGAUUUUUCCGAAACACUAUUUUAUCUCACCUCCAUUUUUCCCACACACACAAUUCCGAAACAUGUCCAUAAAAGUUUGUUUUUCAUCCUCCAUCA